AUGACCAGUCCACACAAUCGCAUCUUUGGGUACAUCGAUUCAAGCUCAACAAGGAAACAAGACCCGAUUAGACCAUCGAUAUCCCCUGAUAUGAUGUCAAACCAAAUAUUGCGUCCGACUGAGGCCACUGAGGCCGAUGCUCAUACCGUCACUGCUCACAACGAGUGUGUUUGGCCCUCACUGGAUGACAAAAACCCCUUCGCAGUCCUGAGCACUGACGACGUUUGCGAGAGCGAAUCCGAGCACUCAGAAGAUGUGCCAGGACACGUAGAAGACGCAUCAGAGCCCUCCGAUAAGGUCAAUGAGCAUGAGCAUGAGCAUGACGCUACUUGCCGACUACUCCAGCAGGUCGAUACCCUUGGCAUUGAGUACGACAAUUGGAGUCCUCGACCUGUGGUGGUUUAUAGCAAUUUCGAAGAACAUUAUCUCUUCGCUAUCCGAAAACCUUUCAUUAUUUACCAGGAUAUCAAAAACAAGAUCAAGUCUGUGCUUGAAUCACAGCUCGAUGUCCUUCGAAGCUCGCGAUUAUACAAAGGUAUAAUCAAGUCCAUUAACACAGUGAAAUUCCUCCGAGAGCUGGAGCACGAGGCAUCCCACACGAACGUUACAACCAAGAACGGGGUUCGCAAGAUGCUCACUGAACUUGUGAAACUGCCAGCAGAUGGUCAGAGCAUGGUGCUCUCCUUCGAUUGCGAGGGCGAUAACCUAGGACGUAACGGUACCACAUGCUACCUGCAGAUCCGUGACAACGUCGCUGAGAGGAUUUAUCUCGUGGACUUGUUGACGUUAGGUCAGAAGGCCUGGUUCACGCCUGCACAGGGGUCUGCCACCACACUACAAGACAUCUUCCAGAACCCGAAGUUAGUCAAACUCAUCUUCGACGUACGAUCAGAUUCGGACGCGCUGUACAAUCACUACGGCAUCAAGCUGGCAGGUGUUCUCGAUGUCCAGUACCUGAAGAUGCUCUGCUAUCGUUACUAUUGCGAUAGGCGACCAGGAUAUAAUCGGACGAUGAUUGAUUCAGAUUGUCUAGAUAACGACCAAGAGACCGAGUUCGCUCGAUACAAGCAGUAUCCGUUCGGCAGGGAUUACUCAAGGUUCAUGGACAGACCUUUACCACCGAUUCUCAAACUGUACGCUGUGAACGACGUUCGCUUCCUUCAUGUCCUGGCUGCGCAUCUGAAAGAGCACCUUACCGCAAAAGGUCUUGACUUUGCUUAUGAGUGGACGGACAAAGAGAUUAAGUGGACCUGGGAGGAAGACUACUACGAGGACCACUAUCCGACGGACGACGACCCCUACGCUCGCGCCUGCACCAAGGAUUCGUUUUCUCGCUGUUGGAAAGAGAGGAUCAAUACCACAUAA